GUGCUCCAGGGGAAACGGGCUCAGGGAAGACCACUCAGAUUCCUCAGUAUCUCUAUGAAGCUGGAAUUGGCCACCAAGGCAUCGUUGCUGUGACCCAGCCACGAAGAGUAGCUGCCAUAUCCUUAGCCACCAGAGUCUCAGAUGAGAAGAAGACAAAGCUGGGGAAACUGGUUGGCUAUACGGUACGCUUUGAAGAUCUUACAUCUGAAGAAACUAGAAUCAAGUUCCUAACGGAUGGGAUGCUUCUCCGAGAAGCCAUUGGGGACCCCUUGCUGCGCAAAUACAGCAUUGUCAUUCUGGACGAAGCUCAUGAGAGGACAAUACACACUGAUGUACUCUUUGGAGUGGUCAAAGCAGCACAAAAGAAGCGGAAGGAGCUGGGCAAAUUGCCACUCAAAGUGGUCGUCAUGUCGGCUACCAUGGAUGUAGACCAGUUCUCUCAAUACUUCAACGGAGCUCCAGUCCUCUACCUAGAAGGCCGGCAACAUCCUAUCCAGAUCUUUUACACCAAACAGCCUCAGAGUGAUUACCUCCAGGCAGCACUGGUAUCAGUCUUCCAGAUCCAUCAGGAAGCACCUUCUUCUCAGGACAUCCUUGUGUUUCUGACGGGUCAGGAAGAGAUCGAAGCAAUGACUAAAACUUGCAGAGACAUUGCAAAGCAUCUCCCUGAUGGCUGCCCGCAGAUGGUGGUGUUGCCUCUGUAUGCUUCACUGCCCUACUCACAGCAACUCCGGGUCUUUCAGGCUGCACCCAAGGGGUAUCGCAAAGUGAUCCUGUCAACCAACAUUGCAGAAACCUCCAUCACCAUCACAGGAAUAAAAUUUGUAUUGGACACGGGCAUGGUUAAAGCAAAGAAGUACAACCCUGAAAGUGGCCUAGAGAUACUGGCAGUUCAGCGUGUGUCAAAAGCCCAGGCCUGGCAGCGGACGGGGCGAGCAGGACGAGAGGACAGUGGGACCUGUUACCGGUUGUACACGGAGGACGAGUUUGAGAAGUUUGAUAAAAUGACGAUACCCGAGAUACAGAGGUGUAACUUGGCCAAUGUGAUGCUGCAGCUCCUGGCUCUUAGAAUUCCCAAUGUGCUUACUUUUGAUUUUAUGGCCAAACCAUCUCCAGAUGCGGUUCAAGCAGCCAUUGAGCAACUGGAUCUGCUGGGGGCUGUGGAACGGAAGGAGGAUCAGCUUGUUCUGACUCCACUGGGAAGGAAGAUGGCAGCAUUUCCUCUGGAACCCAAGUUCUCUAAAACCAUCCUCAUGUCUCCCAAGUACCACUGCACAGAGGAGAUCCUGACCAUCAUAUCCCUGCUGUCCGUGGACAGUGUGCUUUACAAUCCCCCAUCCCGGCGGGAUGAAGUGCAGUCUGUCAGGAAGAAGUUCAUCUCCAGUGAAGGGGAUCAUCUUACCCUGCUCAGUGUCUACAGGGCCUUCAAAAAUGUCAGCGGCAAUAAGGAGUGGUGCAAAGAGAACUUUGUGAAUGGCCGGAAUAUGCUGCUAGUAUCGGAUGUCAGAGCUCAGCUCAGGGACAUAUGUGUAAAGUUCUCCAUGCCCAUCGAGUCCUCCCGCUCGGAUACAGGGAACAUCCGCCGCUGCCUAGCUCAUAGCCUCUUUAUGAAUGCUGCAGAGCUACAGCCAGAUGGCACCUAUGUCACUGCAGACACCCACCAGCUGGUGGCCAUCCACCCAUCCUCUGUCCUCUUCCACUGCAAGCCAGCCUGUGUCCUUUACAAUGAACUGCUUCACACCAACAAAUGCUACAUGCGGGACCUGUGUGUGGUGGAUGCAGACUGGCUGUAUGACGCUGCACCAGAUUAUUUCCGUAGGAAGCUAAGAACAGCCAAGAACUGACCAGUACUUGGCGAUGUUGGACCAUCUGCCUGGGAUUUUUAGGGUCACAGUCAGAUGUUUUUUGUAAUGAACAUACAGAAGCAAGAGAACUUUGCUUUGGCAAUCAGGUACAACCUUACAGAAAAACAGCUUCGUCCUGAAAGCUGGACCUCACGAAUCUCCACUGGCUUAGAACAAUCAUCCUUUGUUACAAGGAAUUAUGUAAGGGCGAACAUAAUGUAUGUAGUGUGUGUAUGUGUGUGUAUAUAGGUAUAU